AUGCGCCUCCACCGGACUGCCAUCGGUCAGGUGCUUGCGUUCACGCUUCAAGCGCUGUCCGUCGAACCUCCGACUCAGAAAUGGCACGAUGUGGCACACGACCAGCUAACAACCUGGAAGGUCGAAUAUCUUGACGUGUUGAGAGAAAUCCCCGACACUCUCCGUAAAGACCCGCCGGCGUCUGAUUAUCGGCCCUCUCACUGGAAACCGGAUCGGAAAAUACACAACACACGCGCUCGCGCUCGCGCGCGUUGUCAACCGGGCGCAUCGACACCGAAGCAUUCGUCCACUGAAGGCAGCGGCAGUGAUCAAGAAUCACUUUCGCCAUCCGCCGCAGCCGCGUCGCGCAUCCGAUCGAGCCGCGGCCAAGGCAACCACCGCCAAUCAACCCGGGAAGGUGAAAGGACACGAGCCGGCCGAGACCAUAAACAGACCUCUCGGCAAGACGGACCUUCUACGCGACCAUACUGCACCAUUGCGUGCAUCCGCGGCUUGGCUAACCGAGAACCACUGGAUAAGAAUUGCCCCAACUGGGAACUUCACGGUGGUCGGAGACACUCCAUCGGACAGCAGGAGUUCAGACGCCAGCUCCAUCGUCAACUGGCCCGAGAUCGGGAACUUGGAUUCGAACAGCUGCACGUUUGUGGUCGGACAGGAUAUCUCAUCAAAGCCACCCUCCUUUCCCGCGGAUACACGGUGAUCAUGAAAGCAACGACUGUGGAGAAGCAGCAUCGCCUUCGAACGGAAGUGGACAAUUAUCACCGGCUCCGGAACUUGCAGGGACAAUACAUCCCUGUCUGUCUUGGGGACUUUAAGCCUCGCGUUGCAUAUUGGUACCACGGUAAGUUAAUGGCGCAGAUGAUGAUAUUGAGCUGGUCUGGAACGCGGCUUCAGCAUGCCAUCGAUGAUGGGAACUCCCACUUCUUUCAGCAAGAGCGCGACAAAGCUCUGACCGUGCUUCGGUCGCGUGGAGUCAUCCACUGCGACAGUGAGUGGCGUAAUAUGCUGUGGGAUGACCUGAGUAGCCGCUUGGCUGUCAUCGACCUGGAGGAUGUGAAAUGGUUGAAGCGCGCUAGGGCCCUUGAAUCCGUCUCUGCGAAUACACGGCGAACUCGCUGCGUCAGAGCGGUGAAAUAUAAACCCGGCUUGGAAAGGGUGGAAAGGGUGGAAAUUCCGCAACACGGCAGCACCUUAAGCUUGUAA